GUCCCCUAUAAAAUGGUUGUUUUCAGGGUUUUUUGUGUAAAUCUUUAGAAAACAAACAGUAAUCUAUUUCUCUCUCUAGAACUCUCUAUCACUUAAUAUCGCCGCCGUUAACAACCCCAUCAAAAGCAGCCAUGCCUCGCCGUAGCUCCGGAGGAAGAUCUGCUUCUAGGCCUGCUCCUCGUUCUGCACCAGCUCGCAGUGCACCACCACCACAACCAGUUAGCCAUGCUCCUCCUCCAGCUCCAGCCCAGAGUAGUGGCGGCGGAUCAUUGCUUGGAGGCAUUGGUUCAACCAUAGCUCAGGGCAUGGCUUUUGGUACUGGAAGCGCUGUGGCACACAGAGCUGUGGAUGCUGUAAUGGGUCCUCGUACAAUUCAACAUGAAACUGUUGUUUCCGAGGCUGCCGCUGCUGCCCCAGCACCUGCUGCAGGGGGUGCCGAUGCAUGCAGUAUUCACUCAAAGGCAUUCCAAGAUUGCGUGAACAGCUUUGGAAGUGACAUUAGCAAGUGCCAAUUCUACAUGGACAUGUUGUCUGAGUGCAGGAAGAACUCUAUGUUGAGUGCCUAAGUGCUACCUCCAUUCUUUGCCAUGGAAUUGGAGUUUCAGCUUGAACUGUCGUUUUGUUUUUAACUUUAUGCUUAUAAUGAUGAUAAGCUGUAUCCAUCUGAGGUCUAUGGCCUACUUGCCAUUAAUAAUAUUUGUGCGAAACUGUGAACAUUGACCUUUAAACGUUAUGGGCUUAUUUAGAAAAACAAAUUAUCAUUUUCAACAUUUUAAAACUUUAUAAGAUUAAAUUGUUUAUCUUGAA